ACCAUGAAGCGCCAAAAUUUGGCGGCGCCUUUGAAAUUUUGAAAUUUUUCGCAGAAAGAGCAAAACUUCAAAACGCAAUGUUCGAAUUCUUUGAUGUUUCCCUCUAUCUCUCAGAUCUGACUCAAGGGUCCAGGAAAGCACUGGGAAGAUUCAAAUUUUCAAACUUUUUGGAAAUUUUAGAUGGAUCCGCUUUAGCUACAAGCUUCUUUUCUGGUUCACCUCAAAUCUUUUGUCCUUCUCUCUCACUCUGUCUCUGUGAAGGAAAGGGAUGAAUGUUCGAGCUGAUUUCUUAUUUUGUUUUGGGUUGCUAUGGUAAUGGUAGCUAUGCAAUUUGAAUGUCUUGGAUCCGCCUGGUUGUUUCUGAAUCAAGUUCAUUUCGGCUUGCGUCGGAAUAUUUCGUACUAAAUCUUCAGGUUAACUUGAUAAUUCUCGUGUUCAGUUGAGCUAUUAUGGUGAGAGAGCAGAGGGUAGAGUCCUUCUACACCAGACUACGUGAGUCGGCAAUUGCUUCAUCUUCUUCGCCCUUGCUCAUAUUCCCUUCAACGUCUGAUGUGGACUCGCUCUGCGCAUUGAAAAUCAUUUUUCAGAUUCUCGAGUCUGAUUCGGUCCGAUAUGCAUGUUAUCCUGUGUCUUCGUUUCAGGAGAUUCACAAAUACGCAGGGCCCAGUUUAAAUUCAUCUGACGAGCCUGUUUCGAUCCUGUUGAUAAACUGGGGUUGCCACCGGGACUUGAGAAGGAUCUUGAAUCUGGGUCCUUCUGCACGUAUUUUCGUGGUUGAUAGUCACCGUCCUAUUCAUCUUCACAAUUUGAGCGAUGACAAUGAUCGGGUGGUCGUGUUAUAUACACGAGAUGAUGAGCAGCAGGCUGAUUUGGCCUAUGAUUUCGAUGUGUCGGCUUUAGCUAAUGCAGCUGACCUAAAAAGUGACGACGGGGAGGCUGAAGAGGAAUCUGAUAGUGAUGAUGACAACGACAGUGAAAGUGAAGAAGAGGGAGAUAGGGAUGGAUCCAGGAAGCGAAGGCGAGUUUCUCAGGAUAAUGAACAAGACCCAGUUCAGCUUUUUCGAAAGCUGAAAAAGGAAUAUUAUCAUAUGGGCACAUUUCAUGGCAAGCCAUCCGGGUGCUUGAUGUAUGAAUUAUGCCAUUUUUUGCGGAAGAACACAAAUGAACUUCUGUGGCUCGCUUGUGUAUCUUUAACGGAUCAAUUUAUUCACGAGAGGCUAAGUGACGAACGAUACAAAGAUGGGGUUAUGGAGCUAGAGCAGCAUAUUAACAGUUCAGGGAAUUUGGAUGCGGUGACUUGUGUAACACUGAAAGAUGGGACAAAGAUCCGGGCGCCUAAUUCAACUAGAAUCACAUACGAAGAGGAGCCAAGGCUUAUGUUGCUAAAGGAGUGGAAUCUGUUUGAUUCAAUGUUGUGUUCUUCUUACAUUGCGACUAAGUUGAAGACAUGGAGUGACAAUGGGAUGAAAAAGCUGAAUCUUCUGCUAGCCCGGAUGGGAUUUGCGCUUGCUGAUUGCCAACAGAAGUUUCAAUACAUGAACAUAGAAGUCAAACGCAAAAUGAAAGAUGAAUUUGAAAGAUUUCUACCUGAGUAUGGGCUCACUGAUUUCUACUAUCGGAGUUUCUUAAGAAUACAUGGUUAUAAUUCAAGGGUGUCUGCAGCAGAUGUGGUAUAUGGCGUGACUGCUCUGCUUGAAUCAUUUGUGAAAUCAGAUGGCUCAUGUGCUUCCAAGCAAUUUGGUGUAGCUUAUGAUGCACUGUCCUUGAGCAAUCUUGAUAAGCUAAAAUCUGGAAUGCAGCAUGCAAUCAAGAUUCAAAGGGCCAUUCUAAGACAAGGAAGCACAGCGAUCACCAAGAGUGGCUGUAUAAGAAGUGGAAGGAAAUUCAGAUGGGUAAAACUCGAAGAUUCUGCUGACACAAAAUUACUGGGCUACCCCCAAGCUUUGACUAAAUUCUGUUAUUUUCUUAUGGAUGCUUUGCGUGAGAAAGGAGCAAGAAUGAAGCCUCUGCUUUGUGCUUGCUUAUCCCAAGAACCCAAUAAAAUGUUGAUUGUUGGUGUUUGUGGGAAGCCUCGUCUCGGUGCAGGUAAAGGAAAUGCAUUUGGAAUUGCAUUCAGAAAUGCUGCUGAGGAGAUUGGAGCAGAUUUCUUCCAUGAAUUGUUUGAAUCUUCAUGGAUCGUUUUAAAUGCAGCAGCAGUCAAUUCCUUCAUGGUUAGGUUGACUGAGAGGCUAUGAUAUAGCAUUUCUGCUUUAAAUCCUUCAAAGAAGUUAUAUGACAGACAAUCAGGGUAUUUCUACAAGCUGCUUUGGGAUACAUUACAGCCGUGGGGAGGUUGCUGAUGAUGCUUAAGGUGAGAGAAGUCAUCCCAAGGAAAAUCGACUAAACUGAAGGAGUUUUGAAAUAUGCCAAAGAGAAAGAAAAUUUAGAAAAUUCUUUCAAAUCGUUGAUGACAAAUGAUUGAGAUAAUCAGAAGGCAAACUCUGACUACUUGAUGAUUGAGAUAUUGAUGAGAAAAUGAAGCCUGGAGGCAUGGUAAGUCAUCAGAGCAGUCUUAGGAAGAGACUAGCCUUUCUAAUGGCCUUGCUUUAGGAAUUUUUUUUUUUCCUUCAAUUGUUUCCUUCACAUCUAUAAUCGGAAGGUUCUGUUUAUCUAUUGCUACUAUACUUAUAAAACCACCCACUUGCUGUAGCAAGCCUUGAAUUCAAGGUUCAGCAUAUUUAUCUGAUACGAGAAAUGUUUUCUCCUAAUGGUCAUGUUUUUAGGAAUUGUUUUCUUCAUAUCUAUUAUCGGGAGUUUCAGGUUCUGUUGCUGAUAUACUUAAAA